GCGAGGAGUGAGCCCCGGCCAUGAGCGAGCGGCGGGACGAGGAGACCGGCGGGCCGGGCACGGGUUUUCAUCCGGAGUCGGAAGAGUCGAGUUCCCUUUUUCAGACAGCGGUUUCGGUGCUGCAGAGCUCCUACUUGGACUCUACAUCUCAGAACGGUUUUCAGUAUAGCCAAGUUCUGGUGGAAAACGAUGUUUUUCUAAGUGAGCUCAAAGCUUUUGCCCAAGCAAAGGAAGCCGCCGGGUACAGCCAGGAGGAGCUGGAGGAGACCUUUGCAUUUCUCCUGUUUGAUAAUGAGGAAGAGGCAAAAGAGGUGUGUCAGACAGGCCUCCGUGUAAACAGCAGUUCUAUUUCCACACUUGGUGACCCAGCAAAAGGGGUUUAUAUUUCCAAGUAUGCAGACUGUCUUCAUCCGAGACCCUGGUAUCAUGGAAAAUCAGGCUAUAUUGUCAUUUGUAAGCUAAUUAAGUAUUACGUGUAUGAAGUGUCCGAUGGCAGCACUGCCGAGCGGCCCAGGCAGAUCUGCCCGUACAUAGUCAUCGCCUGCCAGUACAGGGAGCCGAAGGAAAUGCCCCCGUUCUCCCUUUUGCCUGUAGCAUUGUACUGUCCAUGGAGGGGGCAGCUCUCCAUCCGGGGCCAGCUUUUGUGCAACAUCGCCCUGAGGACCCCAUACAGCUCCACGAUUCCAGCCCAGCUGCCUCCCAACCUGGAUAUUAACCAUGUCAUGGGUUUGUCCGACUUGAAGAAAAAGCUACCAGAAGCUGCAUUUGGGAAAAGAAAUUACAUUGAGAAUGAAGUCUGCUUUCAGGGUGUUUACUUCAGUCUGUAUGAAGUAGAAAUAUCAAAUAAGGAUCAAUAUAAAAUGGAUCAGUUAGUAGAAAAUCUAAAGGAAAAGGACUUGGCAAUCAUCAAAUAUUUACAAGAUCAAGGAGUUCUUAUCCUCCUCACGUCCUCUGCCUUGGCACGAGAUGAUGGGUUUGAUCCCAAGGAGCCCGUCAGCCUCCUGGCCCUGUUUCUGUUCACCUCAUCCCGGUCGGUGUGCCUGAGAGUUGAAAAGCACGAUCCAAAAGAUGAAAGGGAAGAUAGUGACGAUAGUGACAUCUCAUUAAAAAUAGCCUCAGUUUUGCCUGGACUUCGCUAUGCCUUACAGAAAGCCACCAGUUCUUCAUGGGGGGACGCAGUCAGUACCAGCAUACGUAUCAAACAGCACUUCCAGGAAUACGCAGAGCUUGAUCAAAAUACACAGCCCACCUCUGGCCAAAACAGCGAAGUUCCCCUUUCUUCUCUCCUCUCACCAACCGAGGAUGAAUGUACUAAUCCCUUCAAAAAAUGCUCAGAGCAGUCCUUCGCCCAGCUGCAGCGUUACCUCUCCGAUCCCAGCAGCUAUACUCUGGAAAUGUCGGCUGCCUUAGGAUGUUUGACUGGUGCUGUUCAGUCUCUUUGCGGCGAUUCAGAGGCUGAUUGUAAAGUGGAAUUCUCUUCAGCUGUGCCACCAGACCCUAUUCCUCCCAACACAGCAGCGGAAAUAAAAGUCAAAAGUGAAAACCCAAAGCCCACGGUGGGGCUGGGCCAGGGUGGUGAAGGGCCCACAAAAGACGUCAACUCGGCCAGCAAGCUAUGGGUGCAGCAGAGCAGGAGGAAAUCCAGCCAAGCCGUUGUGACCAGCACCAGGAGAAAAUGGUCACCCCUCAAGAUGCAAAUGCAUCCUAUGGGGGACAGCGGCAGGAACAGGAAAGCAACCAAGAAGAAGAAAAUCAACAUCUCUUUCUCUUUUCCUAAAAAGCCAGGGCUCAUGGCCAGUUCCAAUGAGCCGAUGCUUAAAUUAGCCAAUUUGCAGUUUCCACACAGAAGGAAAAGAGGUGCGGAGGUCCUAUCUGCAGAAUUUGUACACAAAACACAGUCUGAACCUGUUCGGAAGGAAACCUCAGCACCCGACGAUCCUGGCUUGGAAACAAAGAGACCAAAGACACUAAAGAAUCCAGACAUGAAAAAGGUUCCUGUUGCUGAGACUGCCACGAAGCCAAUGAAAAGUAAGAUGCUAAAAAGUGUGGCUAACAGCCCAUCGAAACCUCAAGCUAAAAAGCAAGCAGAAAGUGAGUGGAAGGAGCCAUUCUCUGUCGUCCCGAACGAAGUUUCUUCCCAAUGCCACGGAGCGGAUAGCCAAAUGAGUGAGAUUUACCCAGGCAGGGCUGCUGAUCUCGGUUUCGAUGUGAAGGGGAACGACUACGAGUCCCACGCCUUGAACUUGCUGGCUGAUCUGGCUCUGGGUAUUCCUUCGUUUAUCCCCAGGGACAGUGGGAUGAUCGCUGUGUCCUCCAGCGACUCUGCAAAGGAGCAGCAGAGUCAUCGCAAGCACAAAUCCUUGCGUGUUGCUUCCGACCACGAAUACCACAGGGUAGACAAGCUUGCAAAGGGAGCCACCUCUCCUAGCAAAGCAUCGCCGAACCAGAAGCUUCCUCCUGCUGAAAAAAUAGACUUAAAUGACUUGGCCUCUGUUCCCAGGGAGAAAAGCCCUGGGAUUUUCAGCAAGAAGAACAUCGCGUGCCCCAGCCCUGCAAAACCCCAUGCGUUGCCUCCAAGAGAGACUCAAGAAGCUGCCGAAGUGAACAAGCACUCCUUCAUCUCCGCCGAGCACUCGUACGCCUCGCAGAUGCCUGAGCACUCAAAGAAACACAUGUAUCCCAGAGGUGCCCCCUACCCUGGACCAGCACCCUCCAGAAACGGGACCAGGAACGCCCGAGCAGGACCCCUGGUUGGGAAAGUCCUGCCUUUCCGCCACCAGCAGAACAGCACCCACCCGCAGCGGCCCUUCGAGGCCAUGGCGAUGAGGCGCAGGAGCAGCCUGCUCUCCCCCAGGCUGAAGGAAGACUUCGCCAAGUCCCACACAGUGAACAUCUGCGGCGAGUCCCUGAAGGUGACGUGCCGUUGGGAGGCAGAGUAUCUCUUUAAUUUGGACAGCAGGUACACCAACGAUGCCCUGGAGAAAACAGUCAUCCGCGCCCUGCACGGGCCCUGGGACCCUGAUCUGCCUGACGACGUGGAAGAGAUGAAGCUGAUACUUCAUAUGUGGGUGGCUCUCUUCUACAGCAAACCCAGCAAACUCCUGAGCAGCACGAGGAAGGUGGUGGAGCACAGCAACCCCAAGAAGUACGUCUCAAUAAACAGCACUGGGGACUUUCUGGAGCUGAGUGAUGAUGGUGAGGACUGUUUUGGGUUGGAGACGUGCCCUGCAGACUCUCGGUCAGACCCUGACCAGAUUCCCAGCAGCUCUCUGGAUCGCAGCACACAUUGCCAGGGAUGUUUCCGCCCAGAGGAGAGCCCUGCAGACUCUCAGACUGACGCUGAUGGGACUCCUGGUGUUGUCGAUAGUACGGUAUCAUCUUCUUCAGGGGAGAUGCCCUGUGGGGAGGAGGAGCCUUCCUCCACAAGCUGUCCUGAGAGCCUUUCCCUCGCUGAACAUGCUGAUGAGAGCCUGGCUGUGAAAGACAGGCAGCUGGCAGUCGUUCCUGAGGAGCGUGUGCAUGACGUCUCGACCAUCACUGCGGAGGAGCCGCCCAGGGAGGAGCUGCCGGACGCUACAAUCGCCCCCAGCCCUUCCGAUGAGCUCAGCGAUACCGGCAAGCCCCCAGCUGCACUGGGCAGGGAAAACCCAUGCAGCCAAGCCCCAAAUUCCAGUACAGCUCCCUGGAGUGAUGCCCCGUGCACGCUGCGUGGCCGUGGAGAGCAGCAGAAGAGCGGGUGGGCAGCAGGAUCAGGGGGUGGCCCCGGCCGUCCCGAGGAUAGGGAGAGCAUGGGAGACGCUGGGCACUGUACGGAGGUUGAGGACGGCAGCUGGGCCACCAGCGACGGACUGCAACGUGCCUGUGAUUCAGUGCCCUUAGAAGCGAGUCCCAAAAGUGCAAAGGCCGAUGGAGCCAGUGGGGAAGGCAGGCAAUCACAAGACCCCUUCGGACAUGCGGAAAAAGAGCAGGAAGAGGCACAGCCAGACAGCAUUACAGGCAACUUGGGAGCUGCUGGAGAGACGCUCGGGGAUGGUUUGGAGCAGAAAGACAAGGAUCGUGCGCCCUCUGCAGAAAGGCGGGCGCCUGCUGGGAGCAAAGCUGCCGGCACAGCUGGCCUCAAGUCACCGUGCGGCCAAGGACUGUCACUAACCUUGUCCCCUGACUCCAACUCUGUCUACCUCACAUCUCUUGAUGGAGCAACAGAUCCUGGGGCUGCUCCAGAGGACCAGGAGGCCAUGGCAAGCAUCCAGUCUCCAUCACAGAGUGACCUGGGAGGGAGCAGCUGCCUUUCCCAAAGGUGUGGAGGCGACGUUUGUGCUGACCUCACUUCGCUGUGCACUGGUGAACCAAACCAAGAAGGGAACAAGGUUUUGGUGGAAGAACAGCGUAGCAGCCCUUUUGCCAACUGCACAGAUGUGCUGGAUGAGUCCUCGGGAGCAGGUGAUGGCCAGGGCUUCGCCUUCAACUGCACAGCCUUAGCAGGUGACUCUGAAGCUGGGGACAGCGAUGAUGUGUGCCUCGGUGAAGAGAAGUCCCCCGGGAGCGACAAAACAAACACAGCGAUGGUGGCUAACGCACUGCAGGAGCCAGAGACCUUUCUUCAUCACCUCCUGGAAUCAGAGCCCUCCUCCUUGGUGAGAGAGGGGAUGUCUGCCAUGAAGGAGCACCCCAGGCAGCAGCAAAGCUCCUCAAACGGCUUGUUCCCACCUGCCCGCGGAGGCUCAGCUCCUGCUUCUCCCCCCCAGCAGGACCCUCUCCCCCGUGGCAGACACGCAGGCCCCCACCACCACUUGUUAGAGCAAAGCGAGCAGGGGCCAGUCCUGUGCCAACACGGGAAGCCCUGCGAGCAAGUAGGUGCUGCAGAGGUGAGCGUGGCUGCCGACAGCCCAGACGGCUCCUUAAAGCCCAGAUGUGCAGAAAAGGUGAAAAAAGACACGGGUCCAUGCCAUGCAGAGCCAGCGGAGAGCUCCCCUGUGCGUGUGCUCCUGCCAGGUAGCCCGAGAUCGAUGCCUCCUUCUCCUCUGCAUAACCACAAGGCAGGUCUGCACAGCAUCGAGCCAGACUCAGUCCUCGAUGUGUACCCUGAGACGUGCUCUCCCAGCGUGAGUCUGGCUCUGGAUGGUGCCCCAAGGUCCUGCUGCAUGGGACGGCUGCCACCAGGCGCCUGCUCCGGGUGUGCCAGCCCUGGGGGCCAAGCAGCGGACAUGGUAGGGAACCAUGAGAAGGAACCCAUCCUGCAUGAGGAUUCAGAAGGAGGAAGCAGCAUCCCUCUUGCCAGUCCUGCGUCUUUUUCACCAGGGGAGUUGCUCAGGCCGCUGUGCGAGCCCCAGUCUGUGUGCAACCAGGGCGAGCACGAGGCCGAGGGAUCCGACGCGUUUGCUGAUCUGCACCGUGCCAGCAUGGAGGCGGGAGAGGGAGAAAUCCCCACUCUCCCUUUCCCAGUGUUGCCAUUACAUGCGCACAGGGAGCUCUCUGGAGAAAGCCUGGAGCUUAGUGACGCUGAGGAUAUUUCAGACGUGCUCCCGAAGGCAAAGCAGCUCCUCAGCAAAGACAGAUGCAUGGGCUUGACCUUUGAAGAUCUGUUUGAGACUACCUCCGGUGACUCAGACCAGGAGUAUUUUGGGGGGACUUCACAGUCCCUGCUUACACCUAAGGGUUCCUACGGCACGAGAUCCGUGGAUGCUGCAGGCACAAGGACUAACUGCGACUCCUCCUCCACGAGCUUGGUGCACACGGAGGGGCGCAGCGAGGACCGGGGCUCGCUGGGCACGGAGCGGGGCUGCUCACGGGCUGAGCGCGGCUGGCCGAUCGGCCCGGGGGAAACCAGCAGCGGGCACAUUCCACCGUAUGUCAAUAUUAGGGACAGCCAGGGGAUCACCAAGGACUACUGGAACUUCGUGGUCACCAAAAAGUGCCAGGAGAGGAUGGGAAAUUUGCAGCCUUCGAAGAGGCGCAGCCACUGUGCAGGGCAGUCUCAUUUGUUAAGGUCGCUGAUGGGGACUUGGAGGGGUUUUGAGGAAAUCACCCAGCACACUUUGGACAUGGAGUGUCUCCGUUUCCAUUAUAAGCUAAAACAAAUCCUAAGGAGUGGGAAACCACCCUUUUCUACCUCCAAAAGCAUCUUUCCACAAGACUUUUCUCCCCAGGUGAUGUCUGAGACCUUGCCUGUGCGAGAAGCUCCUGUCCCGCUCUCCCCGCGGAGCAGGAGCCCUUUGCAGGUGACGAUCCUGCCCUCGGACACAUGGCUGAGCGGGCUCGGCUGGCAUGGGGACCCACGUACCCCAUGGCAGGACACCCUCUGCGACGAAAAGAGCAGGGCCAGAUCCCAAACCAUGAGCCAGGGCCGCACGGCUCCCUUCCACCUCAGCAAGCUCAAAUACGAUAAUAAGCUAAAGGACUCGGGAGGGGACAUCGCCGUCAUCCUUGACGAGUUCAACAGGGUGAGGCUGAGCAGGGCUGAGGGGAGCGAGGGCGAAGGGCCGGCCCCGGCGCACGGGGAGGCCACGAGCGAGUGGACGUGCGCAUCCCUCCCCGGGAGGAUGGCCGCCUUCGAGGAGAUGAUGGCGGACCUGUGCAGCACGCUGCAUUUCCACCUGCGCAGCGUGGCCAAGGAGGCCUGCAGCGACGCCGGCAUGUUCUACCUGGUGGAGACGGGCAAGGACCCUUUCUUUGCAAGAGUGAAGACCUUGCUGAAGAAAGACGGCCGCGUGGAGAUCGAACCUCUGAGCUUCUGCGAAGCGAAACGACCGGAUGCUGACAGGCUGCUCGUCGUCAUCAGGAACGAGGACAUUUCCUCGCACAUCCACAACGUCCCGUGCUUGCUGAAGCUAAAGCACUGUCCCAGCGUGGUGUUCGCCGGAGUGGACAGCCCCGAAGAUAUACCAGGUCACACGUACCAGGAGCUGUUUCAUACCGGCGGCUUCGUGGUGUCAGACGACGAGGUGUUGGAAACGGUAACGCUGGGCCAACUGAAAGAGGUGGUGAAGGUGCUGGAGAAGCUGAACGGAAGCGGGAGGUGGAAGUGGCUCCUUCACUACAAGGAGAGCAAGAAGCUCAGAGAAGAUGUCAGGGUGGACGCCGACGCCCGCAAGAAGCUCUUGAUCCUCAAAUGUUGCCAAGGAGCCGAUCUCGUCGAGGUGCUGCACUACCACGCCUGCGACUCCGGGUCGUCCCCCAAAUCCGAGUAUGUCAAGUGCUUGUUGAACCUGCAGGUUCAGCACGUCAGCGCCAGGUUCGCUGUGUAUCUCACAGAAAAGCCCAGCGUCAGCAGGGAGGUCCUUGAAAGCAAAGGAAUCCUUGUGGCCGACGUCAACACUUUCCUUGGGACGGUGCAGAAAGCAGCUGCCUCGUUUAGAAGAAGCUACUGGUAA